UUAAGUGAAAUUUUAUUAAAAAUAUGGUAUUCAUUAAUCGAAGAACGCUUAAAAUUAAAUCAAAAUGAAUUAACAUUGAAACUAAUAAACCUAGUAUUUUGUGAUCUGUUUUUAAACUAUAGCUUGAUCAAUCAAAAUAUUUCAAGUAUUUUAAAUAAAAUCGCAUUAUCUAUAAUCAAGCACUCAUUUUCAAGAAGGUCUUUAUUACCAAACUUGUAUAAGAGGCUACUAAAAUAUCAAAUUAAAUAUCCAAGUUCCUUUUCAAAUAAUAUAAGAUUAUUUCCUAAUUUAUUGAUUAAUGGAUAUUUAUUUGAUCAAAUAAAUUCAAAUAAUUUUAAGUUGGAAAAAAUUGUAGCUGAAGUCUUUGAUAGAAAACAUGAUAAAAUUGAAAAUGAGUUGUACUAUUCAAUAUAUGGUGAAAAUGAAAUAUCAUCUAAAAUAUAUCUUAUGAUAAUAGUUUCAUCAAUUAAAGCCAAUAUGAAUAAAGAAGUGAUUAAGUUUAAUGAUUUAAAAGAAGUUAAAAAGCGACUUAAAUUGUACGAGAUGCUUUUAAUUUUAAUUGGAUUAAAUUGUAAUGAAAAGUUGAUAAGAUAUGUCGAUGAAUUUUUUUUGAUUUAUUUAGAGAAGGAGAUGAGUCCGUUGGUUAGGAGCUAUGUUGAAUGGAUAAUUUCAAAGAUUCUUAUAAAUGAUUACAAUUUAAGUGAUAAAAUCAAUGAGGAAAAAAAAUUGAUUUUAAAAUAUUUCAGGGAUUUUAAAACAAGGGAAAAUGAAAUUUCGCUGACCAUUUUAAUUUCAUUUUUGAAGAUAUUUUAUUUGAUUGCAAAUCAAUUAAAUGAGGGUUUUUUUAGGCAAUAUUUUUUGCAUAAAGAGUUUUUACCCUUAUUAUUAGGAAAUUGCAUUUCAAACAAGACAAUAAUUCGACAUUUUUCAAAUGAAUUGGUUUAUUUUUUAUAUGAAAAAAGUGGAAUAAAUGAGAUUACCAAUAGUGAAAUUAUUGGGAAAAUUUAUUCAAAACUAAUAAAGGAUGAAAAUUUUCAAAAAUAUUCUCAAAUUGAUGGUAUUUUAUGGGAUAUUAAUAAGGACUUUAAUUUUAUUGGAAUUUGUGGGGAGGUUUUAUUAAAGAAUUUUAAAGAAACUAAUAUAGAUUAUAUUAAUGAGAAAAAUUUUGAAAAAUAUUGCUGCAAAGAUUUAUUGAAAAACAGUUAUAUAGGGAUUGGAAAGUUUGAUUUUGAUUUUGAUUUGAAAAAUAAGAUAAAGACAAAUAUCCAAUUUGGUGAAAAUUCAAAUGAACUACAAACUAAAAGUGGGAACUGGGGUUUAAUUAACAUUGAGGAUGAAAAAAAAGCCGUAAAAAGAAGUGAAUUAAUUGUUGUUGGGUCCUUGGUUGAUAAAGCUCCAAAUCUAGGAGGAAUUUGUAGAUUGUGUGAAGUGAUGGGGGUGAAAUAUUUAACUAUAAAUGAUAUCAAAAUGUUAAAGGAUAAGGAGUUUAAAAGGGUUUCAGUUACCUCAGAGGAAUGGCUUGAUAUCAUUGAAGUAAAGGAAAAAGAAAUCAGAAAAUAUAUUCUAAAUAAAAAACAUCAAGAGGGAUAUACGUUAAUCGGGUUAGAGCAAACAGACAAUAGUUUUGAGUUAAAUAGUCAAUUGAAGUUUCCUAAAAAAUCUUUAAUAUUAAUUGGAAAAGAAAGAGAAGGCAUUCCAGGAGAAUUACUCUGUGAAUUAGAUUUUUGUGUGGAAAUCAAACAAACUGGAAUAAUAAGAUCGAUGAACAUUCAAACAGCCACCGCGAUAGUUGUAAAUGCCUACUCAAUGGAACAUUGUUACUAA